AUGCAAAUCAGGAACGUCAUUCUGAAAGAACCGAGUGUGAGAGAGGGGGAGAAGAGCAGCGCAUUCCUUGAGAGAGAAUCCUACCCUUUUCUUCUCUCUGCCGGCUUGCAGCGAGGGAGCACAGAUCGUGCAGCAGAUGCAUGACAUUUGGUUCAAAUUGAGGGAGAUUCGUGGUCUGUAGGGAAGUUGGGACAGGAUUUUAGGCUAUUCUAAAGAGCGGUUAUUGCUUAUCACAGUUAAUACCUGGCGUCGUGAAGCAAUUUAAUCUUUUCGUAACUUUUUUGCGUUCCGUUUUGUGACCAUGGGUUCACAACGGAUACACUUGUACGGGUGUGCAAUGCUCAUAGUCGCGGUUUUCUGUCAACGAUGUCAUGGAAGUUGCCCGGAGAAGGAGUUGGAAAAAAGGGAAGAGGAGGCAAACGUAGUUUUGACUGGUACCGUAGAGGAAAUCAUGAACAUGGAUCCUGUGCACAAUACCUACUCUUGCAAGGUGAGAGUUUGGCGGUACCUGAAGGGUAAAACCACGGUCAAUGGUGAGAUUCUUCUGGAUGGCGGAAACAAGGUGAUGAUCGGUGGCUUCGGGGACCCGGGCAUCUGUGACAACCAGGUUGCCACGGGCGACACGCGCAUUUUCUUUGUGAACCUCGCCCCGGAGUACAUGUGGCCUGCACACAAAAACGAGCUGAUGCUGAACUCCAGCCUCAUGAGAAUCACGCUGCGUAACCUGGAGGACGUGGAACACUGCGUGGACGGUAAGGCACUCUCUUGACUUUAAUCAGUUUGUCUAAUAGCCAUGCUAUUUUCCCGAAACCACACACCUGUCACAUGGAUCUCUAGGACCCAACAUGCGUGAUAAGAGUAGGACACAGAUUUCAUCCUCCUUCUCUGAAGGACCUUUAGGAGUUUUAGAAACAUGUAGCCUAUUUGCAGCAUGUUCAUACCUGAAAGUGACAUUUAUUGAUGUGCUUAUGCUGUGGCUAAAGCUAGGAGGCAAAAUAGACUUGCUCCAGUACAUUCCUCAUGAUAUGGUAGUAUAUGUACAUUAUAUUCUCUCUUGCCGUGAGGCUGACUGUGUGUGUGUGUGUGUUUAAAAUCACAGCGUAGAACACACCAGAGAGCUAUGUUAAGAGUCCAUUUCCUUUCCUUCCAUCCCCUCGCCAACACCCUUCCUGCAUCCUCGCUUUGCUCCCAAAACUAGGACCUCUCCAUCCAUCAGACAUCUCCAACCCUCACUACAUUCUGGUCUUGCUGCCUGCUGUAAGGUUUCCCCUCUGUGUGUGUACGGUUUCCAGUGAAAAACCCUGAUCAGAGGUAACGCCCCGGAAGGCAUGUUGACAGAACAAUAAUUCCUCAUUAAGAUUAUAUCAGUUAAGAAAGACAAUCUCUUUGUGUUAUUUUCAGCAUUAUUGCCUACCAAAAAAAAGGAACUCAGUUAGAACAAAAAAUUUGAGCUAAACUAAAGACUGUAGUGUAAGUGUAAAUCAGUGUGUCUGUACGACACGAGGACAGAGGAGCACAGAGGACGCAGGGAGAGUAAGUGUGUCCCUUAAACAGACAGGUGUGUGAUCAUUGGAGACGUCAGGGAAACAAUGACACGUGAGCCAAAAUGGAGGACAGGGUCUGCCAGGGCCAGGGCCCAGUGUGAAGGGAGGGCCAAAGGGUGAGGAGACCUAAGGGUGAGAGGAGGAGGAGCAGGUCUGAAUGGACUGACAGAUAGAGAAUGGUCUUUUUAGAGCUAGCUGCCAACCACAACAGCUGAACUGUGUCUCUUUCUUUGUCUUUCUCUCAUCCUGCCGGAUUAGACGCCACAAAUUCGUCUCUUUUCACGCUCCAUCUGUCCGAUAGGCAUUUCUGAUUAUUGAUCUUUCUCGAGAUCCUCGCAUUGUAUACUGUGGAAAAUCAGCUGCAGACACAAUGACUGGAGUGAAUUCCUGCCAACGGACGAACAAAUGAACAAACAAACAAACAAACGAGCAGGGACAACAAACUGGAGAGCGUCCGCAACAAUGGAGCUCUGCUGUCGUCGCUGGGAAGACCUCGGGGGAUGUUCUUUGUCAUGUAUAUUAAACGUGUUUUCAGUCAAAACAAGGCUCCCCAGUCUCUCAUGAAAGCCCGGAGGACGGAGACGGCCUUUCAUCUCACCCCACCGCGGCCCUUCCCUUCCUGUAAGACGCUUUCAGGCUAACCCCUCUCCCUUCACCUCACGGAGAACCUCCAAACGGUUACUUUCAUCGCGCCUCGUACUUUGGGGGAGCGUAAACUUGUCUUUCUCGCUCUCUCUCGGACCUUCUCCUCUCUAUUUUCCCUGUUUCUCUCCCUCUAUCCCUCCCUCCAUCUCUUACUCUUACUGAUUCCGCCAGCCUCCCAGCCUGGCUGGAACAGAACGUCUUUGCAACAAGCAGCCAGAAUGCUAAUGCUACUGUACCCAAACUUUGAUGUCUUACUGUUAGUUAUGAAGUUAUUUCUAAACGUUUUUUUUUUUUUUUUUUUUUAAGCGCUUCAGACUUUUAAAUACUUUAACGGGCAAACGCGGAUUUAUUGGUCUUACAUUUUGACAUUUCCGUAGUUUUCAAGGGCAAAAAAGUAAGCGCUAGGCUAAGUUAGCAUUUAGCUCAAGAGUGCUAUAGUGUCACAGGGAAAACACUGGCGGCUUUGUGCCGCUUAAUAGGAUUUUGAUGGCUUUGGUGCUUUCUGUGGUUCAGAGAAGGUUUAAACCGUAAAGAUUCCAGACAGUCUCAUGGAUACGGUGCACCUGCCUGGAAUACAUUCAUUCUGAAACAAUAGUGUUCCAAAUAUACCAGAACAUGCUCAUCUUAUGACUCCUGUUAUGCUGUGGACCCCAAUGGAAGCAUGUUGUGAAGAAUUCCCUGCAAAUGUGGAAUAACUUCUCACUUUACCGUGCAUCUUUCUUCACCAUUGGCCAGUCUAUUAGAGAUCAAGGGCAGAGUGAAGCCUGUGUCACAGUGACCUUGAAGUACAACAUGCCGACCAUAACUUACCAUCUCUCAAUUCUCCAGUUUUCGGGCCCAGCGUACUUCAAAGUGCCAACGGACAUUCCCGAAAUGUUUUCCCCUCGGAACAGUAUAUGGAAUAUGAGAAAGCCUCUCUCUUGAGGUGGCCGGUCACAGUAAUGGCUACGUCACGCUAUUUCAAAGUGAGACAAAACACCUGUCAUGUGUGGUCACGCUUCAGAAGGGAGCUAUUCAAGUGGGAGGUCUGCAGCCUUUCAGUGGAAUCCCCCUCUUUCCUGAACGUCCUGUCAAUCUGCGAGUCGAGUGUCAAAAGUCGUCCGUUACCAAAACCCUGUUUCUACGUCCAGUGGAGAAACUGGACGACACAGGCCAGAGGUUCGGCCUUUUGAAACGCACGGCUCCUGGAGACACAUUCCUGUUCUUCCUGUGCUAAUCCCUGUAUCAGUGGGGUCAGUGUGGCCUGUGUGCAUCAGGCCCCCCCCCCUUCCCCUGAGACACAUACACCUACCCAGAAGAGCAGGGGAAAGGUGGAGGGGUGGGGGGCAGAUUGGCGUUUGAUGUGGCCCCAGUGUCACACACCUGAG